GCUGAAAGAGUAUGACGUCGAUUGAGGGCUUGUGGGCCAUAAGGAGUUAUAUCUGUGCCUGGAUUAUACCCCUUCUUCUCUUACCCAUACUAUUUGUUACCACAACACCGGCCGGAAAAUGCGCUUAUGUUGUGCUCGUCAUGAGUUUCUAUUGGUUCUCGGAAGCGAUCCCUAUAUCUGUGACGGCACUGUUGCCGAUGGUAUUGUUCCCAUUGCUCGGUGUCUUAUCUUCAGACCAAACCGCCAAAGCCUAUGUCAAUGGCACAGUCAUGAUAUUCUUGGGCAGUCUUAUAGCCGCCGCCGCCGUCGAGAAAUCACUCCUACAUAAGAGGAUUGCGUUAAAAGUGCUUUUAGUGACCGGAACUUCACCUAAAAGACUAUUGUUUGGAUUUAUGUUUACGACGGCAUUUCUGUCGAUGUGGAUCAGCAAUCUGGCGGCCACAGCGCUUAUGAUACCCAUUAUAAACGCAGCUUUGGAUCAAAUAAAGCAACGGAAGUCCAAAUCGUACGGAACUCUAACCCAAAGCAACGUGUUGACGAUGGAGUUCAGGGAAGGACAGUAUAAAUCGCAAGUGCGGCGCACGAGUGCCACUCAUAUCAGAAUCGAUGACGAAUGCCAAGAAUCGAUGACCAAAUCGGUAUUUCUGGGCGUGUGUUACGCGGCCAACAUCGGCGGUACGGGCACUCUCACCGGCACCUCAACUAAUCUGAUACUCAAUGGCAUUCUCAAAGAAAACCCGAUCUCAUUUUCUGACUGGAUCAUUUUCAAUGCCCCGGGAAUGUUCCUCUUGGUGUUCAUUACGUGGGCUUUCAUCGUCUCAUUCUUCAUGAAAACGUCUGAAGACUCAUUGACGGCAGAGAAAGACAACGAAGCCGUCUAUAAAGCAAUUAAAUACAAAUACGACGAAUUGGGAUCCAUUUCUUUCUAUGAGUUCUCAGUUCUCGUACUCUUCAUAUUAUUACUACUUCUCUGGUUCUUCAGAGAUCCAGACUUUCUCAAGGGUUGGGCCGUCUAUUUGAAUGGCGAACACAAUUUCAUUAAGGACUCGUGUCCGGCCAUAUUCAUUGUCAUGUUUUUCUUCAUAAUACCCGCCAAUCCAACUAAUCUGAGACAAUCGGCACCACUGUUGGACUGGAAGACCACUCAGGAGUCAGUGGCGUGGGGUAUAAUCCUUCUGAUUGGCGGCGGUUUCGCGAUGGCAGAGGGGGCGGAGGUGUCGGGUCUGUCCACAUGGAUGGGCACCCAAUUGACAGUAUUGGAGCACUUGUCCCCAUUCGCCAUAACACUCAUAGUGUGUAUCAUAGCGCUGAUGGUGACAGAGGUGGCCAGCAAUACAGCCACCUGUACCAUAAUGUUGCCGGUUAUCAAGCGAAUGGCAAUUGAACUGAACAUGAGCCCCCUAUCGGUAAUGUUACCUGUUACAUUGGUGUGCUCGUACGCAUUCAUGCUUCCGGUCGCCUCGGGAACCAACGCUAUCAUAUUUGAAACGGCCAAGAUGAGAAAUAAAGAUAUGGUAAUUCCCGGAUUAUUUAUGAAAAUCAUAUGCCUUUCGGUCACUCUAUUCAUGAUUAACACGUGGGGAACAGUUGUACUCGAUUUGGAUGGCUUUCAUUAUAACGGCACACAUUCCUAUGACGGCCAACCAUUGACUACACUUAGGGCUUAAUUAAUAUAAUUAUUAACAUAAUGUAAUUUAAUUUAUAUAAUAACUAUUAUAUCUACUUUUCAUUCUAUUUAGUAUUAAGAUAUUAUUUUUAGAAAUAUUCAUUCUUAUUCAUUAAAUGUAAUCAACAAAACACACAUUAUUUUUUAAGUUUUAAUAAAUAUAUUUACCAAAAAUA